AGCUAGCUGUUUGACACGAACAUUAACAAUAUCGAUAAACAACUUUUAAAAAUUAACAAGAGCUGCAGUUGCCUGCGGUUAACAUGGGAUAGUCAAAGCCGCUGAGAUCUUUCAGACCACACAAUGAGACCACAGCCUCACGAUGAUACACUUACUGCCACCAGAAGUGAGAGCUUGUCUUCGCUCUGGCGUAGCCGCCCCAAGCAUCGCACAGUGCGUGGAGGAGUUGGUGCUGAAUGGUGUAGAUGCAGAGGCAACGUGUAUUGCUGUCAGAGUUGACAUUCCUAACUGCAGGAUACAGGUUGUCGACAAUGGAAGAGGUUUAACCAGAGAUGAUUUUGAGCUAGUCGGUCAUCGUUAUGCCACCAGCAAGUGCAGUCAGCUGGCGGACCUAGACAACCUGGAUAGCUUUGGCUACAGAGGGGAGGCCCUAGCUAGCAUCAGCCACAUCUCCAGAGUGCUGGAAAUAGUCAGCAGAGCAGAGGGCUCCGAUGUCACCUUGACCAAGCUGUUUAAAGACGGCAAAUCUGAGGUGUUUGAGAUAUCAAGGAAGAGGCCAAGCGUGGGAACCACAGUCACAGCUCACAGUGUGUUCUACAAUUUGCCCGUCAGGAGAAGGAUGGUGUCCGAUAGUCUGGACUACGAGAGGGUCUGUCAGCGCCUGGAAGGUCUGGCUCUGAUACAUCCCCAUGUGUCCUUCUCGCUACGGAACGAUAGCACGGGAGCCAAGUCAAUACAAACAUUCAAAACGUCGUCUGUGCUAAACACCUUCCGAUUCCUCUUUGGCGACCCCAAGGCCAGAUGUCUGAAGGAGGUAACUUACCAGCAUGGGAAAUUCACUGUGUGUGGGUAUAUGGGUGUGGAGGGCCACCCUAACAAGGACUUGCAGUUUGUGUAUGUCAACAGUCGCUUAGUUCUGCGUACAAAACUGCACAAAGCCCUCAAUCAUCUUCUGAGAAAGUCCCUAAUUGCUCACUGCAGGCCUAUGAGUGAGUCUGCGGAGAAGCCUCUGACCGAUGUCACUGAUAGUCCGUGUAAUGCAACUGAUCAGUACGGCAUCUUUGUGUUGAACAUCAAGUGUCCUCGCUCGGAGUACGACGUCUGCCUGGAGCCAUCUAAAUCUCUGGUGGAGUUCAAAGACUGGCACGGGAUACUGAAUUGCAUCGAGCAACUUGUCCACCAAUUUCUGACGAGAGAAAACCUGACGAUGAGAAUAGACAAGCAAAGGGACCGGAACAGUCCCGGUGACAAGUGUGACGCGGUGCUCGGUGAUGACUCCUCCAGUCAAGACCAAGAUGCAGAUUCUGACACUUGUGAAGCAAGUGAAUGGGGUGUUCGCGGAUCCCUGUCCCACAAAUACGGGAAAGGUAUAAGUGCCUCGUCCUGCAGCAAUACCUUGAAGUCCCUGACUGUCCGGAGGACGCAGUGCAAACUGACCUGUGAAACGGUCAGUACAAACAUUCCCUCCAAAGAUAGCUCAAGCUGCGACGGUUGUGAAAACGUGGAGACCUUGGUAUCAGAAGUAGAGGAAAAAUCAACGAAGCUAGAGAUGCCUUACAAAAUCAGCACUGAAGCUGAUGUAGCCAAGGACAAACUUCCCUCACAAGUGAAAGAAAUGUCAGCAUGUGAUAGUGGCGUUGUUGAACAUUCUGAAAUAAACGAGCCCUCAGGAAGUGGAGAAAUGACAGGCUUUGCCAGACAACAUCCUAUUUUGCCAUCAAGUACUAUGACUAAUACAUGCUUCAAACACUUGGAAAGUAGCACUCGGCUAGAUGGUUUGCUCAGUGAAAAUAGCGCCGAAGCCAAACAGCCAAUUUCCAUCAGUGACAAUUUUUGUGUCGCAGUGCCCUCGGAACUAAAUGUUGAGCCAGUAAAGCUGGCAUCAGAGUCUGAAGAAACAGGACACGUGUCUGACUCACAACACUCAUCAGAAAGCAAAGACAACUCAUCUAUGGAUCAAGCAGUGCUCUGCAUCGGAUAUGACAUACGAGACCCUGCAAGCCAGCUCAGCACUGCAGACCUAAGUAAGGCAAGUUGUAAGACUGGCAGGACGUGUUUACAGUUAGGUAAAGUACAUGAUGCUCCUUCAGAUAAAACUUUCCUCAUAUCUCAUCUUGGAGGGAAUGAAAUGGUGCACCCAGCAUCUGAGUUGAACAAAAAGAAUACGCCUCCACAAAAUAAAAUUAGAAGAGUAGGAGAAAGUAAUUCCCAAGAGAAUUGCUUAAACUGGAGUAGUCCACUGAGUAAUUCAAGCACACCAAGCAUAGACCAAGAACAAGAUGAUAAUGAGGAAUGCGAUAGUCAGUUCAUUACACCAAAGACGAAGAAACCAAACAAGUUGGCGGGUGGUAAUGGAAGAUUCAUGCGGCAGCACGGAACAAGUCCUACAUCAAGUUCUGAUGCUUCAGGUUUAGAUUCGGAAAGUGAGACUUGUGUGUCAAACUCAUCUCUUUUAUUUGGAAAAGAUGAAAUUGGCCUGUCCUCGGAAUCAGCAAGCUCUGUAUCUGUUGACGGCGGAAGGAAAGAAUCACAGUUAUACUUGGAGAAAGCGUGUCAUAAGAUUGCUGAAGUCGAACCAGCGCAACAUUUUAUUGCUCUCAAGCCAGCCGUUGCAAACGGAGAACAGAGUGAUAACACCGGCACCUCUUCAUCAAUGUACUCCAAGUACCUAGGGAGGCCUACAAGUUCUUUCCAGACUUUUAAGAAGUCAAUUCAAGUAAAAGCUUUCUCCAGUAGGUCAAGUGGACACCGUGUCUCUGAUUUGCUUCGCGAUGAAGAAGAAAUGGACAACUGCGAGUUUGACCCAAAAAGUGUUGGGUCGCAAAAUCAGUCUGCACGCUUUACCACUGCUUCUCCAAUUCUGCUGAAGAGAAGAUUUACUCAAGGAUUGCUAAUGCGUGAAAAGGAUGUGGCAGACACAACUGCUGCUAUACAUACAUGUAGAGUCACGGACCUUGGAGUGGCCUUGAAACGAAAUUCAAAUUUGGACAUUGGGGAGAAUUCGGAGACAGCACCGUUGGCUUGUUGUACCAAAAAGCCAAAAUGUGACAGUCACACAAGAUGUGCCCCUGACAAAUUUGAAAGCCCAGUUGUAGUUGAGAGUAAAGGAGCUGUGCACCUGAUUCCAAAAGACCAGGCAUGUAUUGCAACUAGUGAAUCAACACAUGAGGAGAAGGAAAGGAAAGGUACAAAACACAUCAAUAUUCCCCUGCGACCAAAUUUGAAGAGACUGAAGCAAAUAUCAGUGCCAGCAACUUCGGCCCAAAGUGUUGCAGAACUACCAAAGGGCAUAAUGAACAACACAGACCAGGAGGGCAGAAUUUGUGAACAACAAAAAACACAGGAACCACCGAUAAAAAGAUUUAUGACAUCGGAUGGUUUCAUGUUGCAUGCAGAUGCUUCAACCAAUAAACCAGUAUCUGAGAGAAAGGUUUCUACUGAUGUUGAGUUGUUUCUACAGGUUGUUCCUAGAUGUCUUAGAGAUCCUCCAGUCUGGAAGGAGGGGGAUAAGCAACUGGCUGAACCUGCUGACGCAGACACCCGUGACUCAAGUCAGAUCAAAUCCAAAACAAAUUCACAAGUAGGGAAUAUACAGUCGUGCACAUCAGCAGACAUUGAUGAGAAGUCUCAUGCAAGUCCUAUGCAGGUACAAGAGACAGCGUCUUCACAAGAGAAAUUAGUCUUUGAAAGGAGUGAUGAUCACCAGGAAGUCCAGCAGUCUGAAGAUGGUUGGAGAAGUCUUCAUGAAGAAAAGAAUGUUUUCUUUCCCUUACAGUUGUUUCCAUCUUGUGCACAGACACAUUCAGGAUCAGCGUUAGAGAAUAUCUCCGACUGUAACUCUUGCCAGGAGAUUCCGCUGAACUCUCAGGAUACAAGCAGCGAGAGUUUGCUGAUGCCUGCCGGAUGGUUGGAUUCCGACAAUCUUGAGGUAGCAGAAGAAGACUUUCUCAAUCCAAGACACUCCCUUGCAAGAUGUGUGAUCCCUCAAAAAGAGUCUGCCAUUUCAGAAUUUACUGAAACAGGAAGCUACCAAUGCCCUAUUGAUGACAAUGUUGAAUGGUUGAUGACAUAUGCUGACAAAGCUGCACCAGAAUAUUUACAAUCAGACGAUGAUACCAGUACUCCAGCUACCAUCCUUCGUAAAAAUCUUUCAAACCCAUGUGACUUUGAAGCAAAUUCCACCUGCUGCAUCCAUGGAAGUGUGCAAGUGCUGAACUAUCAUGACAAAAAUUCUGUUAGUGCCAACGAAUGUUCCGAAGUGUACGACACUGAACUUGUUGAAACUCAACAAAGAAGCACGCAAACUCCGUCUGAUGGAAAAAACAUGAACUUGAAUGAUCCCAAUCAAAACGAAGAACCUUCAGAUAAAGAUAAUGCCACUUCUUGCCCGGCAGUUUUCACAGAUACUUUUGGUAAAAUGUGGACUAGUCACUUUAAUGCCAAGUUGAGGACGGAGGUAUAUGUCGACUUGACAACUGGUAACUGCAGAUUGGAGAUGCCUCAUACCGAGAGACUUGGGUCCUCCGAAGAUGGCAUGUCACAAGAGGAUGGAACUGAUGCUGAUAAUCACCCAUCUGCUCUCAUUAUUCCUACUGGAAGGAAACGGUCCCACCUACAUCGGUCCCAUUCACUGUGUGCCCAACCAUUCUUGAGUGUGUCAGCAGGCAUGUAUGGUGUUCCUUCAAGGCCAGCCACAUAUCACAAUCUGUCCCCCUCCUCCCAUUCUGCACUCAUUGACAUGGUAGAUGAUCACAUUGACCAACAAGGAGAUGAAAUUGCCUCCAAGUGGAGAGGAGAUGAUCUCAGCAAGCAAACAGUUGGUGACAGCUCAACGGAUCAACUGUUAGUCAACUGGACAAACCCAAUGUUUCCAUCACUGGAAGCAGACAUCUUGGAUGCCAAGUCCUCACACAUGCUGCGUAACUGCAUCAGAACACAGAACACAGUUAACCCUUGCAAGUUCACCAAAGCGAUGUUCCAGAGAAUAAAGGUGCUUGGUCAAGUGGACAAUAAGUUUAUUGCUUGCAUGGUGAGCAGCGAUGAGAACAACAAAGCAUCUGAAGCCAACCUGCUGUUGAUGAUUGAUCAGCAUGCUGCACAUGAAAGAGUACGUCUUGAACAACUAGUAUCAGAUGUCACUUAUGUUCCAACAACUGACGAUGAAGAUUGUGGAAGUGACACUGCUGAGCAGUCACAGGUGAAAUCCUCGUCUGUCGUACCUCCGGUUGCACUCCACUUGACUGACAAGGAGCUGCGCUUGCUUCAGUCCUUCAGCGACAAGUUAGAGAGACUGGGCGUCUCUUACCGCAUCGUUGACAACGAUGACGAAUCUCACGAGACCGGCGGUCGUGUGGAGAUCACCAGGCUGCCUUCCUGUCUGGUGGAAAGAGAAGUAGCAGAACUCAGCAGGAGUAGGCAACCUGUUGCAGUAUCACUAGUCCAGGCUUUACUGGAGGAACAUCUUCAUGAAUUGCAGAGAACAGCAGGGGCAAGUGCUGUCCUCCCAAAGACGCUCACAAGGAUUCUGAACUCUCAAGCUUGCCACGGUGCAAUCAAGUUUGGUGACCCACUGAGUCAUCGUCAGUGCUUGUCUCUGAUUGGCCAGCUUUCUCAAUGUCAAUUGCCAUUCCAGUGUGCCCAUGGGAGGCCAUCCGUAAUACCCCUGUUUGACUUGAAACUUCUGGCGUCCACAGUUUACGAUAAGGUUGAUGAACACAAACCUAGAUUAUGGCAUCUACAUGGUAAGCUGGAAAAGAUGAAGAAAGGCUCAUAGAUUCAUUCGCGAUUGCUGAAGGCUGCUAUGAUGUAUGCAGAUGGGAUGUGCUUUUGGGUUUCUGUCAAGGAAGGGUUGUUUGAUUGGAUAAAUAUGAUUUUUGAAUGAGGUUUUU